GUAGAGAAUUAUUUUUCUGCAUUUCAAGGUGUAGUCAGAAUAAGCAGAAAUGCUAAGUAGAUAAGUGGACCGUAGAAAGCCUCACUGUUCCAAAAUAAGGUAGAAGCUUGAGAAAAAGAGGAUGAGCACUGUGAGAACAGGAGAACAAUGAUCAAAAGUUCUCAAAAUAUGAGAAAGGAAUAAUUAAAGUGUUGAAAAAAAAAAAAGAAAGAAAGAAAAAUUAUACAUAUAUGGUAUAGAAGAGUGUUGUGUGUCUUGUGAACCUUUAGUGCUCAUCCAAUGAGGAAACAGGGGAGGUGAUCAGGUAUUGGGUAAUGGGGAAUAAAAGGUUAGGAUUUGUUUACUAAAAUGUAGUCCUGAUUGGCAGGACCAUUGCAAUCGUGAAUAAAAGAGCGUCACAGAAGAUCCUGUCUGAAGAAAAUUAUUUGAGAUGUUUCUGACACUGGGUAAUGGAGAAGGGCACAGAGAGGAGCGCAGCCCCAAGUCCGCGGAGAUGGGGAAUGCCCGUGUGCCCAUCCGACUCAGCUGCCACAUCUGGGGCUUCUACCCCCCCGAGGUGACCGUCAUCUGGCUGCACAACGGGGACAUCGUGGAGCCCGACAACUACAACCCCAUCUCCGCCAUCCCCAACGGCGACUGGAGCUACCAGACGCAGGUGUCCCUGCUGGUGGCCCCGGUGGCAGGCGACACCUACACACGCUCGGUGCAGCACGUCAGCCUGCAGGAGCCUCUCCUGGAGGACUGGAGUCCUGGACUGAUGCCGGAGGUGACGAUACUGGUGGUGGUGGCCACCGUGCUGAUGGUGCUGGGACUUGGCUUAUUUCUCGCCGGCGUCUACCGCUUCAGGGCCAGGCCUCCUGCCCCGGGUUACAUUCCCCUCCCUGGAGACAACUACCCCGCAGGCAGCAUCUGAGGACCCCAUGACGGACACCUCCCGGCACCGGCGGCUCCCGGUUGGCCCUAUCUCAGACCCGAUGCUGUGGUGCUGACAAUAAAGAUGCUCCACAAGCCCCGCUGGUGUC